CAUGGUGGAUGUUGUAAAAAAAGAUGUUUUUUCUGCACCUUUUGUUUCUUUAAGUAUUGAUUCGUGGUCAUCAGAGGAAAGCACCCAUUCCUUACUUGGCGUGACUUGUCAUUUUCUUAAAGAAAACUUUGAGCCUAAACAUGUUUUACUUGCUGCAUCGCCUAUUAAAGGAAGUCACACAGGCGAUAGAAUAGCAUCUUUGGUUGCUAAGGUUAUUAGUAAGUUUGGAAUUGACAAAAAAAUACAUAUGGUCGUACGAGACAACGAAAGCGCAAUGCAGAAAGCAACUAGAAUCGCCGGUCUUGAGUCGCAACACUGUUCUUCACACAAAAUUCAAUUGGCAAUUGCUGACGGCUUAAGGCUAUUGAGUGGUUUUAAAGAAGUCAUAGAACGUGUAAAAAAAGCGAUACGAAGGAUUAGAAAGUCACGUUGCGUGAGAGAUGAAUUUGCGAAGUUGCAGGAUGAACUCGGUCUUCCUCAAUUAAACUUAAGAAAGGGGAUAGAAGUAAGAUGGAACUCAACAUUUUUAAUGUUGGAAAGGUUCACAAAAUUUCGUGAUGUGAUUCAACUAAUGCCGGCCCACGAUAAUAAAUUCCCAGUGUUCAUGAUCGCUUUAGAGAUUAUUUACUUAUGGAAGUUGAAAAAAUAG